UCCACUACCCACCCACAACCUCCUCCCCCUCCUCCGCCUCCGCCUCCGCGUGAUCUCUUCUCGCUUCACGCUUCUCUCCUCCUCUCCGCGGCGGCGAGAGCAAGGGCGAGGCGGGCGGCGAGGUGAGAAGGUGGGGGUUUGGGUUGGUAUGGCGACGGGAGGAGGAGGAGGAGGGGGAGGGAUGGGGGGAGGAGGUGUCGGAGGAGGAGCGGGGGCGGCGGGGGUGGGGGUGGGAGGGAGGAUGCCGACGUGGAGGGAGCGGGAGAACAACAAGCGGAGGGAGCGGCGGCGUCGCGCGAUCGCCGCCAAGAUCUUCGCCGGCCUCCGCGCCCACGGCGGCUACAAGCUCCCCAAGCACUGCGACAACAACGAGGUCCUCAAGGCCCUCUGCAACGAGGCCGGCUGGGUCGUCGAGCCCGACGGCACCACCUACCGCAAGGGAUACAAGCCUCCUGAACGCAUGGAAGUGAUUGGGUGCUCCGUAUCACCAAGCCCGUGUUCCUCGUAUCAACCAAGCCCGCGGGCAUCAUACAAUGCGAGUCCUACUUCCUCCUCAUUCCCUAGCGGCGCAUCCUCCCCCUUCCUUCCUCACCCUAACAACAUGGCCAAUGGUGUUGAUGGUAAUCCUAUCCUCCCAUGGCUUAAAACACUGUCCAAUUCUCCAUCAUCAAAGAAACAUCCACAGCUUCCCCCACUAUUGAUUCACGGUGGUUCCAUUAGUGCCCCUGUAACUCCUCCAUUGAGUUCACCAACUGCUCGCACUCCUCGCAUGAAGACAGAUUGGGAUGAAUCAAAUGUCCAGCCUACGUGGACUGGUUCGAACAGUCCCUGCGUGGUGAACUCCACGCCGCCCAGCCCCGGACGCACAAUGCUUCCGGACCCAGCAUGGUUAGCUGGUAUCCAAAUAUCAUCAACAAGUCCAUCAUCACCGACAUUUAGUCUUGUGUCAUCAAAUCCAUUUAGUGUCUUUAAAGACGCGAUUCUGGUGGGCAACAAUUCAUCGAGGAUGUGCACGCCAGGGCAAAGCGGCACAUGCUCCCCUGCGAUUCCUGGCAUGGCACCACACCCAGAUAUUCAUAUGAUGGAUGCGGUUUCUGAUGAGUUUGCAUUUGGAAGCAGCACAAACGGUGGCCAUCAGGCGGCUGGUCUGGUGAGGGCGUGGGAAGGCGAGAGGAUCCACGAGGACUCGGGAUCGGACGACCUAGAGCUGACUCUUGGAAGCUCUAGGACAAGAGCUGCUGCUUAACAAAAAAAAAAAAAACUAACCUGGAGGCAUUCUUGUCUGUAGCUUAUUUGUUCGUGUUCAUUAGUUUCUGAAAGAGAGACCAAUCGUGUGGUUCCUUCAGAUAGCUUCAGUUGUGAUGAUAAUUGUGUUAUUUAUGUGAGGCACGAGCUAGAGAGAAAGGGGGCUUUAAUUCGGCCAAACCCAGCUGUGAUAUGGUAAUCUCAGCUGGCUGUAAUUUUAAAGCCCCCCCUUUGUUGUGACAAAUGUAAAUUGAUGUGAGAAAUCAUGCAAAAUUCAUGGAGCGUUCAGCUCAACGAAGCAUUCAUUUG